UAGGAAACGAUACUCGACCCGCACUUCGAACGCUAGAUUAUUUAUAUAGAUUAUUAGAUUAUACAGAUUAAUUUUACCAAUCACAUAAAUAGCGUUUAAGUAGCAAGAAAAAUUCACUCAAAGCGGGAACAAAAGCUGCAUCUUUACGUCGAAUAAACUUUAAAAUAAAAAGUAUAUGUAAACACCAAUAAAAUACUGAAAUUUUUAAGAACAAUAAAUCAACGGAGAUGAUUGUUUUUUAUAUGAUUGUGUCAUUUUUAAGUAGCGGCAGCCAUGCACUGAACUCCGAUGAUGACUUCGUUCACAAUUACGCAGUUAAUCAAAUGUGGCGGGACUGCCUAGGCGACGACUUGUCGUUCGCGUGGAGCCGCAAGGUGGAGCUGCUGACGCUGGCCUGCAGCAGGAGGCUCCCUAAAGUCCCCAGCAGCAGCACCCAGACCGGCAGAACGCCACGCCAGCGGCAAGCCUCGGUCACCUCCGAGCUUGGACUGACCAGAGCAUCCCAACUUUUCGUGACCAAUCCACCGGAGUUGACGCAUCAUCGAUCCAGCUCCGGGCUUCAGACCAUCCAGCAUCAUCCGUCCAUUCUGUCCAGCUCUGUCAAGACGCAUCCAGACCUUUCAAUUAACGCCAUCCAGCCUAUUUGGUUCACGCUGUUUGAUCAGAUUCCUAUUUUCGUUCAUCCUGUGGACGGCGAAAAUAUCUUGAGAUCACGGCAGCGAAGACAAAUAAGACAGGAAGACAAGGAUGACGCGUUCAGAGCGUUCGUCCAGAACAUGCUGGACCGGGAACGCCGUGUCAAGGAGCAACUCGACAACCAUACCUGCGUCCUGGAGGCCCUUGGAGUUAUUAAUGAGGACGGUGAACUGCGUUUUGAUGUCAUUAAAGAGAACACAAGUCGAGCCAACCUGCCUCCUGAAGUGAAGGAGGACUUCAUACGAGCUCUGGACGAGUGUCACCGAGUCACUGGCUGCGAGACGUUCAUCCCACAUCUGGCCAGCACCAACAUCCAGCGCGUGUUAUCGUUCAUGCAAUGCACGCGCAAUCGUCAACAAAUGGCAUGCAUCAAAGCAGGACUCAAGUCAUUUAUUCAAGACAACAUUGCACAGAAAACAGGGUCCAGAGUUAUAGACUUGGACGCUAUGGUUAACAGGAUCUAUUACAUCAACCAAGUUACAGCGCUAGACGGAGAUAUCAACAACAUGUUCUUCCCGUAGACAAAAUACAGAACUGUGAACUUUAUUCUUGAAUCACGUUGAAUUAUAAAAUAAUUCAUAAAUCGAAUUUUAAAAAUACUGAACCAAAAGGGGAUUGCUCUGGAAAAUCAAAUGGUUCAUCCACAUAUGUAUAGAUAAAAUGUACAAUUCGAAAAAUCUCGAAAUGUUUGACCUAUAGUGAAAAAACGAGCACUUAAACCGAAAGUUCAUCGAAUAAUGUUGAGGAAUAGAGACAUUCUUGUCGAGAAGUUAAUUGAACAUUAGGUCGAUCGAAAGUUAUGUUAAUGGCAUGGUCACUGAAAUGUAUUGAAUUGACUUCUGGACAAUUGUUUUCAAUCGGAACGACGAUUCCGUGGAAAUCUGAGUUUCAAAUCAGGACUCAAUCCAAAAUGAUUACUUCGAAAAUUUCCAUUACUUAGGUUAGAUAUUUCGUCGGAACUUGUGGUAUUUCAAUAAACUAAUUUGUACGAUUCCAUUAUUAGGUUAAAUUAAUUUCACUUAAAUCAAUUAAAUUCAUUAUUCAUAUA